AUGAAAGAGAUCAACAAGGCCGUUGAAAAGCUCAAACCGGAGAAUCGGGAAGCCACUAACGCUACGAUCCGGAUGACUGGGGGACAAUACCCGCAAAACACGAAGCCAUUCGAGGCGAAGGAGUACUUCCGAGAGGCCCAAAAGAACUUUCGCAGACGGGACCAACUACACUCGCUGAAGGAGAAGCAGCUCGCCCAAUACCGCUUGCUUGAGCAACAGCUGAAUGUAGUUCACGCCCAGUACAAGAAGCUCGAGAGCGACUACAACAACCUCCUGCCGCUCACUCAUCUGGAGGUUUGGAAAGACGAGAUCAGCAACCUUUCCUUCGCGCACUGCUUGCUACAGCAAGAGUCUGGAGGUGCGACAGUCCAUCCUCGAUGCAAGGAAGGGAGGAAGCGCCUGGAGCAACCCCGAACGUUAUUCCAGAUGAUCGAUUGGGCCAGCAUCGACGAUGAGACGAUUAAGUACAUGCUCAACAACGGGGCGAAUAUGACUAAGAAGUUAGAAGACACGCUCAAGGAACUUGUCGAUGCCUACGAGGCGAUAGCUAAGGGAGCGCGGACGGGAACACCGCGAGAGGAGUGA